ACCCUCCGUCAGGUAGUCCAGAUGUGGAAUGCCAGCUGCUGGAAGCUGCGAAGGCAGGGGACUCUGAACAAGUGCAACGACUGCUUACAUCAUACCCACAGAUUGUCAACUGCAGAGAUCUUGAUGGAAGGCAUUCAACUCCCCUUCACUUUGCUGCUGGCUAUAACAGGGUUGCAGUUGUUGAGUUCCUUCUAGCUCAUGGAGCUGAUGUCCAUGCCAAAGACAAAGGUGGUUUGGUACCUUUGCACAAUGCUUGUUCCUAUGGACACUAUGAAGUUACAGAACUUCUUGUAAAACAUGGGGCAAGUGUCAAUGUGGCUGAUCUAUGGAAAUUCACUCCUCUUCAUGAGGCUGCUGCCAAAGGAAAAUAUGAGAUAGUUAGGCUUUUACUAAAGCAUGGCGCAGACUCCAGUAAGAAGAACCGUGAUGGUGCAACGCCUCUAGACUUAGUGCGUGAUGGGGAUCAGGAUGUAGCGGAUUUGUUGCGUGGCAAUGCUGCUUUGUUAGAUGCUGCAAAGAAGGGAAAUCUUGCUCGUGUUCAGAGGCUUGUGACGUCUGAGAAUAUCAACUGUCGUGAUGCUCAAGGGCGCAACUCCACGCCCCUGCACCUAUCUGCGGGUUACAAUAACCUUGAAGUAGCAGAGUUUCUCUUAGACCAUGGUGCUGAUGUGAAUGCUCAGGACAAAGGUGGCCUAAUUCCACUUCAUAAUGCAUCUUCAUAUGGUCAUCUGGAUAUAGCUGCAUUGCUAAUCAAGUUCAACACAGUGGUAAAUGCCACCGAUAAAUGGGGCUUUACACCAUUGCAUGAAGCCGCACAAAAGGGACGGACUCAGCUGUGUGCAUUGUUGCUUGCCCAUGGUGCAGAUCCAUUUUUGAAAAAUCAGGAGGGUCAGUCACCUGUGGAUUUGGCAUCAGCAGAGGAUGUACGUUGCUUGCUUCAAGAUGCAAUGGCCUCACAGCAAAAUGUUCCUACAGCACCAGCGUCUGCUCCACCUUCACGGCCUCCAUCUAUUGCUGUAGCGUCUCCUACACCUAUACUGGCUGCAGCACUUUCCCCACCCGUGGUGACAGAGACUGUUAUAAUGCCCUCCGGAGCGUCAAUGACUCUAUGCAUUCCAGUAUCUCGUGCUUGUCUUUCGCCCAUGCCUGCUGCAGAGGGAUGUUGUGCAGCAGAAUAUGUUAAACCAGAAGGUGGAGUUCAAGACAUGGGCGAUGUAGCAACAGUUGCAGGAUUCUUGGCGAGCCUAGGCUUGGAUCAUCUUCAAGAACUGUUUGAACGUGAACAGAUCACACUAGAUAUCCUUGCAGAAAUGGGACAUGAAGAUCUGAAACAAAUUGGAGUUAGUGCAUAUGGUUACCGACAUAAGCUCAUCAAAGGCAUUGACAAGCUGUGCUCCAGUGCAGGAACAUUAUGGAUGCAUCCAUCAAAUCCUGGCACAUUAUUGGUCGACCUGUUGGGUGAGGACAAGGAGUUCAUGGCUGUGGAAGAAGAGAUGCAGUCCACCAUAAGGGAGCACCGUGAUAAUGGGCACUCAGGUGGUAUCUUUUGCCGCUACAACAUAGUCAGGAUCCAGAAGGUUCAGAAUCGGAAGUUAUGGGAACGAUACUCCCAUAGGAGACAAGAGGUUUCUGAGGAAAACAGCAAUCAGGCCAAUGAACGAAUGUUGUUCCAUGGUUCACCUUUCAUUAAUGCUAUUGUACAAAAAGGUUUUGAUGAGAGGCAUGCCUACAUUGGGGGCAUGUUUGGGGCAGGAAUAUACUUUGCAGAGCAUUCCUCAAAAAGCAACCAGUAUGUAUAUGGAAUUGGGGGUGGAACCGGUUGCCCCAUGCACAAAGAUCGGUCUUGUUACAUAUGCCACAGGCACUUACUGUUGUGUCGAGUGACCCUGGGAAAAUCAUUCCUGCAGUUCAGUGCUAUGAAAAUGGCUCAUGCACCGCCUGGACACCAUUCUGUGAUGGGGCGUCCAAGUGCUGGUGGUCUUAACUUUCCAGAAUAUGUAGUUUAUCGUGGUGAACAGGCAUAUCCAGAGUACCUCAUCACAUACCAAAUUGUUAAACCUGAAGAGACAGUGGCAAGUUGUGAUGCAGAGGGCAGAUGAUUCCCUGUAACCAUAACCACACCUGGUUCUGAGAGCUUGGAAACAGGCAGACGUUAUUGUUGCUCUCGUGUUGUUGGCAGGGUUUUGAGGUAUGUUCGCCUGUUUUUGGCCAGAGCUGAAGUCAAACAGGGACGUGGCACAUGUCUCACUCAUAAAAAGCCACAGCGACAAGCAUGGGGAACUAUUGCUAUCCCAUGGCCGGGUUAAGAGGAUGGUUAAAUAUGUCUUACGUGGGUGGUGGUGGUGGUUCAGCACCUUUCCGAUUCUUCUGUUUGGAAAGGUGUCUGACCUUUGUGAUAUCUACCAAGAAGCAUGGUGCUACAUUUGUUCUUCAUGAUUUCCACUCCAUUUUCAUGAAAAGUUGUUUAUGCAACUCCUAGGCUAAUGUGUAAUUCAGAAGUGUUCUUGUUCAUUCAGAAAGAGUAGACCUCGUUUGAUGUUUAUGAUAGAUGGCAUACACAUUGAAAAUAUCCUGCAUUAGUACUCACAAGUCAUCCAUGUAUGUUCCCUGGCCUUUCACAGCCAGUGAAUGAACAUUUAACAUUUGCUAAGCAAAGUUCACCCAUACUGUAGCAUUGAAUGAUACGAUUAUUGUUGCAUAAUGAAUUGGGUAGGAUUUGGAAGGGGGGUGUGGUCUGUUCAAGGUCCUGUCAUGGCAUUUGCCUGGAAAGACUGAGGAAAACCAUGAAGAACCUCAGCCAGGGUAGACAUUCUCAGCUGAAAUUCGAACCAAGCACCUCCUGGAUAGAAGUCUUAAAUCAUUACCGCUAACCAACCAGACCUACCCUCCAAAAUCUUUAAAAUGGCCAAAGUACUAUGUAUACAUGCCAUUUUACAUGAAGUCAUGUUAUGAAUUAUUAGGACUGAACAUCAUGGUUCAGUGAUUAGUACUGUUCCUUAAUAUUCAGGAGGUCCUGGGUACAAAUCUUGGCUUGGAGACUGGCUGUCUUUACUGUGGUUGAUUUUCCUGUUCCACCAAGCAGAUGCUAGAAUAGUACCUCAAAUUAGGCCCCAGUUUCCUCCUUCCACUUUUUCUGUUCAUUAUUCUGUACCCUAUCAUUUGGUACUAUAUGAUCUGGGAGAUUUAAAUCAUCAUAUAAAUUUAAUUCACGAACUUAACAUAAUCUGGCCUGUUCUUCAAAUAUCUAGGCAUGCAAAUUUUUUAAUAAGGAAGUUCUUAAUCGGCAAUAUAUAAUUAUUGUGAUUCUCUUAAUGCCAAUUCUUGCAAAAAAUGAAAUUUAUUUGGCAAUAUUUAAUUAAAAUUUCAACAGUAAAUUAGUCACUAAUAUAAAACUUGUUCAUGUGCUUGUUUGUUAACACAUUGUACUGUUCAUCUGGUAUGUACUUAAUGGAGAUGGUGAUAUUUAAAAGUGACAAUAAUUACUCCCCCUUCCCCUCUGUCAAAAGCAUUUUUAAAUAUUAAAAAACAUAAAUACAAAUUGUACUAAUGAGCUCUUAUUACAAGUAUGAGUGCCCAUUUGGAUCCUGAUGCUUGUGAAAUUAUAAUGCAUAUACGAAUGGUUUUCAUCCUUCACACUGCGCCUAACACUGCCAUCACCAAGAACAAACCGAGCCCAUGUAUUUGUAUGUAUACUUCUUGGUUUAGAUGUCGUAGUGGCACAAUUCUAUUAUCCAUACUAUUUAUAUCAAGAGUUUUUUUUUGGGGGGGGGGGUUCAAGUAAUAAAAGCAGAUUAAUGAAGAAAACGGAGAUGGAAAGCAAUAUGUCAGAUUAAUAUCUUUCCUUUGUGCUGUUUUAUGCAGCUAAAAAUCUGUGUUCAUGAAAUGUUAAGCGUCUCAUGGUGCAAAAUUCUGUCUUAAGAAUGAACUGUUUAUAAUAAAAAUAAUAACACAACUGUACAUAAUGUUGGCAAGUUGUAAGAAGAUGAUAAUAUAUGGAUGCAGAAUAUUGUA